AUGCAAUCCAUUAUUCGUCCUUCAAGCCUUGUUGGAGGGUCUUAUCAUGACUAUGAUGGCCUCCAUGACAAGAGUGCAUUCCAAUGUGCAGCUGGCUUUCAUUUACUAAAGGAACACAUGCGGGAUGGAGCUCAUAACCUUCAAGUUGAAGCCAACAGGAUGACUUGUUUCACAAGUUGUCCUAUCUCACGACUCUCACCCACAAAACACUGUGUGGCAUCGCUAUCCACUGUUAGUGUGCAUGACUCAUCUGACGAGAGCACCUGUCCACCCAUAACCCCUCCCUCUGACAAGGGCACCUUUACACCUACUGCCCUUCCCCCUGUUAUCAGUCAUGUCAAUCGUUACUUGCAGCGUGAAAAAGGACAGCACAAGCCCUAUCAGAGGGAUGGUCCUUCCACACUAGAGCGUCAUUGUGCUGAAAGCCAACUUCACCCUGGAGGCUCUGCGACUUUGGUGAAUGAGCAGGAGUUGGAACACCUCUCAUUCAAUGCACUUGCUCAAGCCCUCCUCACAAAGGAAGCUGAUGUUGAAUGGAGGUGCUUGCGUACUCUGACGAUGGCAUGGGAAAUAUAUACCUUGGAACAACACCAAAGGUUUCUUCACAUGGUCCUAGAGGACUACAGUGAAACAUAUGCAAGUGCUACCUCAGAACCUUUUAUGACAUCUAUUGAAGCACUCUCUCAUUGCAAUGUUGAAGAGCUCCAAGAAUGCAUAAAUCUUUGUCAGGUCAUAUACAACACUGAUACCAUGUUAUUUGCUGCUGGAUACAACCAACUUGAUAUCAUUGAAGACAUUGCUUGUGUGUGUCUUGGUGAUGGACCAAAGGACUGCUAG